AUGGCUGAAGGUAGCAACUACGACUAUCUCUUCAAGGUCGUCUUAAUUGGUGACUCUGGCGUCGGGAAGUCCAUAGGAAAGCAUGCUAAACUCGUGUACGCGGCUAGCAACUUGCUCUCGCGAUUCACACGUAAUGAGUUCAAUCUCGAGUCGAAAUCGACCAUCGGGGUAGAGUUUGCUACCAGGUCGAUCAAUGUUGAUGGAAAGACUGUGAAGGCUCAGAUUUGGGAUACAGCGGGUCAAGAACGUUACCGAGCUAUUACUUCUGCAUACUAUCGUGGAGCCGUCGGUGCUCUUCUAGUUUACGAUAUCGCGAAGCAUGCCACCUACGUCAAUGUGACGCGGUGGUUGAAGGAGUUGCGGGAUCAUGCUGACUCGAACAUUGUGAUAAUGCUUGUUGGAAACAAGAGCGAUUUGAAGCACUUGAGAGCUGUACCCACAGACGAAGCAAAGGCAUUCUCGACUGAAAACGGUCUCUCUUUCAUUGAAACAUCGGCGCUGGACGCCUCAAAUGUCGAGUCUGCUUUCCAAACCAUCCUUACUGAUAUCUACCGCAUUGUUUCGAGCAAAUCACUUGAAUCGUCCACCUCCAACAUUGAACCGCCCAAAGCCAGUAUCAGCGUCGGACCAACUGUGGAUUCGAAUGCCAAUCAGGGCGGCAAGUGCUGCUAA